ACAGUAUUGUCAGAGAAGCCGACGACUUUCACAAUCACUGUGACAUCUGAAGCAGGAGAAAAUGAUGAAACUGUCCAAACAACCCUUAAAUUUACCUAUAGAGAAAAAUAUCCUGAUGAAAGUCCACUUUAUGAAAUUGUUUCACAGGAGAAUCUUGAUGAUAAUGAUGUCAUGGACAUAAUAAAACUACUAGAACAACAGGCAGAAGAAAAUUUAGGAAUGGUAAUGAUCUUCACUCUAGUCUCAGCAGUACAGGACAAAUUAAAUGAAAUAGUGGAUCAAAUAAAAACACGAAGAGAAGAGGAAAAGAAACAGAAAGAAAGAGAAGCAGAAGAAGAAGAGAAACAACGUUUUCAUGGCACUCCUGUUACCAUUGAGAAUUUCCUAAAUUGGAAAGCAAAGUUUGAUGCAGAACUCCUGGAAAUAAAAAGGAAAAAAAUGAAAGAAGAAGAACAAGCAGGCAAAAAUAAAUUAAGCGGGAAACAACUGUUUGAAAUGGAUCACAACCUUGACACCUCUGACAUUCAGUUCUUGGAGGAAGCUGGAAACAGCGUGGAGGUUGAUGAAUCUUUAUUCCAAGAAAUGGAUGAUUUAGAGUUGGAGGAUGAAGAGGAUGACCCUGACUACAACCCUGUUAAUUUAGAUAGUGAUUAGACUUUUUUGAACUGGCUCGGUCAUCAGUAUGGACAUAUGUAAGGAGAGACGGGCAGGCAGGAAAGCCACAGCAUCUGUGGUUUUAGUAAUGUGUAUUGGUUUUGCUUUUUUCUUUUUUUCCAAAGAAAAACACCAAAAUAUUUUAAUUCCAGGAGAAUGGUCUUCUGAUGACUUUCAUCGUAAAUAAAUUUACCUUAAUAUUUCAGAUGAAAA